AAGCAGGGCAUGUGUUUGAGACACUGGUAGGGACUCUUGGAAAAAAAGACAAGACAAUUAUUUUCGAAGGAUAAAGAUAAAAUUAUUAACCCGUGACUUUUACUAAAGUAUUACCUAUUUCUUGAUAUAUUGAAAUUGAGGGUGCGUUUUCCAGAAGUCGAUAGACCUAUUGUUCUAGGAACUUUAGAACAUGGUAUUUAGUUAUUAGGUGAACAAAAAACGGUAGGUGGACGAAAUGUUGAAUUUUGUGCCUUAAUCUCAAAAUCGUUAAACGCGCUUUCAUUCCACUCGACUUGAAACAAAGGGGCACGGUGAACCUAUGACAUUGCGCAUACACUGAGACUGGGGCUGCACAUGGGCGGCAUAGGUCCCGAUCUUUAUCUCAGUAUGUUGAAUGGGACUGAUACGCAAACCUUCGGAAAAGACACCGAUAUCAACAAUCACCUUCAACGCAGCAAGGAUUUAGCGGAGUUCAAAAUGGGAAUUCAGGACACCAGGUUAUAUUACCAAGACGCAAUUCAAAACGGACAAGACGGGUUGGUACUGCCAUACCACACAGACCAAACUGUGGCAGGUUUCGGAGCACAACCCGGGAGGUUUUACUCACCAACUCCCCUCAAUAGCUGCCACUUCAGCAGUGUCAGGUCGCCAACUAGAAACGGGAUGGGACAGACUUAUUUACCGACGGGAGGCGAAGGUUUCUCGACAACUAGCAAAGAAGUUUACCCUGCCUCUCCAGAGAGUUUUUCCGCACCCUUUCAACACGGGUACGCUCGCACUCCACUCUACCCAUUACCUGGGCUACAGGUGUGCGGGAAGACGCAGGCUCUCCUCAACAACUAUCCUCUGUGGGCAAAGUUCCACAAAUACCAAACGGAAAUGAUCAUAACGAAACAGGGACGGAGGAUGUUCCCCUUCCUGAGUUUCAACAUCAGCGUUCUGGACCCGUCAGCCCACUACAAUGUGUAUGUGGACGUGGUCCUGGCUGACCAGCACCACUGGAGGUACCAGGGAGGCAAGUGGGUCCAGUGUGGCAAAGCAGAGGGCAACAUGCCAGGGAACAGGAUGUAUAUGCACCCAGACUCUCCCAACACAGGGGCUCACUGGAUGAGGCAGGAGGUGUCGUUUGGCAAGCUCAAGCUCACCAACAACAAGGGCAGCUCCAACAACGUUGCACAGAUGAUCGUUCUGCAGUCACUCCAUAAGUACCAGCCGCGACUGCACAUCAUUGAAGUGAAAGACGAUGGUUCUGAGGACCCCUUCCUCACCACCAAGGCCCAGACCUUCAUCUUUCCGGAGAACCAAUUCAUCGCUGUCACAGCCUAUCAAAAUGCAGACAUCACUCAGCUGAAAAUAGACCAUAACCCCUUUGCUAAAGGUUUCCGGGACAGUUAUGACACGUUUUGCCAGGAAGUAACACCUCCCCUGCCUAGGCUGUAUGCACCGCCUGACACGGACCGCCUCACCCCAUCCCCCAGCGAGGGCCAGCAGUUUUUGGCGGGGACCUGCUACACACAGGGGUACCUGACGGACCAGUACAUGAACCCGCUGCCCCAGAACCGAUUCUACAGCCGGGAGCACAUGGCUGCCAUGGGCCAGCAGUCCAAAGACCCCUCAGCCAGCCCCCACAGCCGCUGGUACCUUUCCCCCCAGCCGAGUGUCGCCUCCAACCGGCUGGACUUCAACACCUACGAGAGCGACUUCGCUAGCAACAGCUUCUACAAGCCCUUUCCCCUGCAGACGUCUGCCCACCAUGCGCUGGGCUACUACGGGGACAGCCCCUUCGCCUCUGCCAGCGUAUCCGUCUCGGGAGCCUCCUCAGCGGCCUGGAGCACCAGCCGGCCCUCCCCUCAGUACCUCAACCACCCCCACCCCAGUAAAGCCGGCCCCAGUCUAGGCUGGUUCAGACCCGUGUCCUCUACCAACUCCUCCUCUUCAGGUCAUGCCAGGCUCCACCCCCCAUCCCUGCUAGAUCCGCUCCGCCCCCCACUACAGGACAAGCCCAAGGAGGCGGGGGGAGAGGACCCCUGGCUGGAACCCCCCUCGGUCAAAUCAGUGGACUCGGCCGACUCCGGCCUGUUCGAGAGCGGGGUGGAGAGCAAGAAACCGCGAGUGUCGCCCUACGCCUCUAGCACGGAGAACUCGCCACCCACCCGCAGUGCGGAGGUCUGUGAAAAGGACAGCAGUAGUGAUGCUGGCUACUACGGCUUUUAUACCCACUGAGUCUCCCACCCACCACGUAAAUACCCUCUCCUAGUGUCCUACCCGAUCCUCUUUGUGCUUUAGUAUCUCCCACAUGGCCGUGUGUCUCUGCCUGUCCAAUGAAGUCAUGUAAUGGCGCUGGACUGAAGCUCGAUUGGCUACGGAAGUCCAACAACAAAAGGAUGAAGACAAGUCAGAUAUCUUGUACCUCAGCUAUUUUCACACACAUAUAUAUAUAAACUUUACAAAUAGAGUAGACCUCUCUAUAGCCCAAAGGUGUGGCUACUCUACUCAUAAGGCCCUCUCUUUGUGUGUUGGCUACGUGUUUCAGAACAAGGACACUAACACUUUGAAGGUGACUGUCAAAGUGUGUAAGGGCCAAAGAGCCAAGGCGAUUUGACUGGGUCCACUGACACUGCCCUAGAGACACGUAGACACAACGACACGCAGACCUGUGACUUAAGUCUUUCUAACAUUUGGGGAUUAGAAAAUAAGACGCCUGCACACCUGCUGACAGACCCCUGCAGGGACUGUCCGGUCUUCCCACGUCACACACACACACACACUUACACAAUCGCCCACACACUUUCUCUCUGACACACACACAUGCUCACGCACAGACAUUUCUCUAUCCCCCCUACUCUUUUAGUAUAUGAUCACAAUCACAUGCCCCAAUGUACUAAGAUGCAGACAAGACUGGUUGCAUGUUAAUAACAUCAUUUAAUGAUUUCUGGCUUGUCCUCUACUGUCUGAGGAGAUUGCAACUCCACUUGUGACAGCAGUGACAAACUACACGCUGAGGGUCGAGCACACAGGCGAGAGACCAGAGGUCAGGUGUCAGAGGUGUGGGGGACCUUAGCCAUCUUGAUCUGAAGUGGCAACGCUAAUCAGCCUCAAGCCCGACGGGCCAGUCUUCCUCUGGUCUUCUGAAGCCUACAGCAGGUCUGUCAUUUAGAAAUAUUGGCCAUAGCAGCCAAUAGGAGUCGCCACUCUGAAAGACUCACAACACAAUGGAAUUCAACAUAUCUCACAGACACUCUGGAGGCAACUACAAUAGCGAUUCAUUUGAAUUUGUAAACGCACAAAGGGAACCUAAAUCGUUGGAUGAAUUUACUCUCAGGCUUCCACCCCAGACCAUUUCAGGGAGCUGCGUUCGGUAUUACAGGGUCAACGUUUUUGACGGUUUCACUGUAACAGAGGUCGCCCUCUGUGUGAUUUAAAUCAAUCUGAAAGUGUCCCCGUCACCACACAAAUAAAGACCACAAUCAAUAACUGCAUUAAAACGGGGGCCACUCGGACAACACACACUGGAAAUCCUUACUAACAGAGAGCUGAUAAUGACACACUCAAACACACAGACACAAUCAUAAUGCCAAAAGCCCAUUAUAUGACCUACACAGGGUAAUGGUAAUAUAGGGUAAUAUUUGUAUUUAUUUAUUGGAUUUGAUGACCUCUGUUGCUUCUCCAUUUCCACCCACCCCGAUACCAGGCAAAUAUGUAUCCUAAGGCUAAGAGAGAGCCAAACAGACAGGGUACAUGUAGCCUAUGUAUUGUCACUCCCAGGCUUGGUUAGGGUGACCUGACAGACCUUGUCCACCCCCAGACGUUAGGUUCAUCAUGUCGUGACAAAGGCGCAGCUUCCUGGCAAGGUGACAAGAGAUCUAUAGAGAGAGAGAGAGAGAGAGAGAGAGAGAGAGAGAGAGCCUCCAGUCUGAGCUGAUCAGAGCCCUGGCCUUCACAAGGUGCUAAUGACCACAGACAACUAUUAGGUGACAGGCAGCCACUCACUCAGAGGACCCUGGGAUCGUGGUGGUCUUGAACCACGUAUUGCUGGGUUUGUGUGCUCCAAUUGCAAGGCCAUCAGAAAAGAGACAGGAAUGUAAUCAAGGCAAGACCUCGUUAUUGAUCAAACUUCUGUAGCUAAAGUAUAUGAUUACAGUAUAUGAUGCACAGAGGACAGACAUGGUAUAAUUAGCACUUGGUGAGUGACAGGCCAACCAUGAAAAUAUGACUCAUAAACACAGUCAACCACACACACUGGAAGGUGACAAACACAUCCACUUAAAAAAAAGAAAAAGAAGAAAGGUCUGUGUGUCUAGUCAACACUGCUGGCUGAGAUUGAAUAUACUUAAUGUAAGAUAUAAUUGUAUAAAAAAAACAUACAUAUACAGUAUACUAGAUGUUAAUUUUGUUGACCUCAUCAAAGUGUUUUUAUAUUAUUCAUUCAUGACUUGUAUACAGUAGGUGCCAACUUUCAAAAGGAAAUUCUGCCAUUUGUGUCAGGCUAAUCAGUGAUUCUCUGACAGAUAUUGGAGCAAUAGGAUGGAAAAGACAAUCAGGUCUGUGGUAUGGCAGAACUCUAUGUUAAAUAUGUUCGUAAACAGAAAGACAUCCUUCAACGGAACUAAUCUUGACUGCUGUGACACCAUCACAAUGCAAUAAUACUGCAGCACAGUAAAGGUCUCGCACAUGACAUUGGACUGACUUUGUGUUCUUAAACAGGGAAAGGGAAUAAACUGGAACUUGAAAAGUCAAGCUAGAUGUUUUCUUACAUGGAAUCUUAUGCUGGACACUGUACAAAAAUAUUAUAUUGCUUCCUGAACAUUUUUGGUUUUACCCUUAAGCAGUUUAAAUUUAAAAAAAUUAAAAGUACGAGGUUUCUUAAUAUAUCUUAACUUAAAAAUUAAGAGUUAUUUUAUAAGAGGUGGAGAGUUAUUUACAUUAUUUAAGUGCAAUUAUUUAUAAGGUGUUCAAUAUGGCAAGAGCAAUUAAAAACGUUGGUUUGAUCAAAUGCUAUGAAAAUGUGCUGACAUUUGACUCUGUAUCUUUUUGUAUGUUACACUGGCACUGAACCUGCACUAACAUGACAGCUCGUGUGUCUCUGUUGGGGGAAAUAGAGAAUUCUAUAUGUGUGGUGUGGACUCCUCAGGACUGCCACCUAGUGGUCAUCUCACUCCUUACAAUGAGCAAAACAAACCCAACUCGUGACAAUAGAAAUCUUCCAUAAACACUCCAUAACCGAUGAUUAUUUUCCAUCCUUUAACGUUCAUGUCCUCUAUAUCAGAAUAAACCUGUGAAUGGGAAAUGUAGUCCCCUGGGAUUGCUAUUGUGUACAGAAGUAAUGAUGACUUUAAAAGGCUUAGAGAAUAAGGGGUAGACUUGAAAGGUCAAAUUCUCCAUCCAACAUUGGAUAGUGAAUCAUGUUCAUUUGUGUUUAAUGUGCACUGUUUGUCUUGGAGUAGGGCACCUUCCAUUCUGUGAGAUGAAAUAUCCUCACGUUUUAUAGAGGUGUAUAAAUCAUCAUUAACUCAAUCGGUCCGAGGAGGCUGGAAAGGGAUACGGACUCAGAUGAUUCAGGAAUGCAGUAGAGAAAUGCAAAAUAUUGUGUUUGAUUUAUUCUAAUGUAAAAAAAAGACUUGAAUGGCAGAAAACAGAGGGGGAAAAAUGUUAUUUAUUAAAGGUGGCUUACGUGUGUAUUGUACUGUUGUUUUUUUAUUCAUGAAUUAAAGUUUAACUAUCUUAAAUCACAA